GACCCGUUUAUGAUCAAUCCGGAUGGGAAGCGAGCUCAAAAGGCCGGACCACGCGAGGAUGAAAUCGCAACCAGCAUCAAAGCUAUAUUCGAUGACAUUGGCGAGGGCGGAAGGUUAUCCAGCGUGACAGCCGAUGCUGCCACCGCGACAGCGACACCAGGAGAAGAUGCGGAAGGCAUUCAUGGAGAAGAAAAGGAAGGACCUCCUGAUGACGAGAUUUCUGCAGAUGAAGCACCUGAUGAAGAAGUACCGUUGGCGGAAGCAGGAAGACCUCCAGAACCACCUGACGGAGAACGAGAAAAUGAGGCAGAAAACGAAAGAGAGAUCGAAGUUGAAGGUGAAGGAGCACCAGGUCGCAAGGCGAAGAUUGGCACUCUGAAGGCAGAAGCUAAGACUCUCGCACAUCUUUGCACUCGUCGGUAUCGAAAUCCGUAUUGCGAAGCUUGCGUCAGAGCGAAGAUGAAACACUUCCGAACAGAACGUGGAGCUUUCAAAAGGCAAUUGAAGUCAUGGGGAGAUUUGAUCACUUUCUACUUUCUUGACAUGCGCAAAGCCGCUGACAUGGGCAUGGGCAACGACGACGAAAACCGAGAGAUUCUGGUCGUGCGCGAUGUGGCAACCAAGGUUAUCGCAGCAAUACCUACGAAGAAUCGGUACGCAGAAGACGUCGUGGAUGCUCUGAGGAGAUUGAGUGGAAGGCGAAAAGUUAAAUUGGCCUAUAGCGAUGCUGCUCCAGAGUUUGACUCAGCCAUGGCGCAGCUCCGAAUCCCAGUCGAUCACUCGUUGCCCGGUCAUCCGAAGAACAAUUCUCUUGCAGAAAGAACCAACCAAGUGGUGAUCUACACCGUGGCUACCGCCUUGUUACAUGCAGGAUUACCAGCACAGUGUUGGCCCUUUGCCCUCAACUGCGUGAGUCACAAUCGCAAUAUCGAGGAUGUGGAAGGAGAUGGUGAUUCAGCAUGGAAAAGGAUGACAGGUGAAGAUUUCAAAGGGAAGCCAUACCAUUCGGUGUGA